AAUGACUACUUUUUCUUAGCUGCAGGGAACAGGCACGAGGGAGACCACAGAGCUUUUAAUAGCAAUGUAUAACUGUGCAUCCCAACAUCUUUCCAGCUUGGCGCCAGAGUCCGCGCUCAGCUUGCGAAUGCGCCUGCGCCAAGUCCUGGUGUGGUUACCUGGAAACGGUGGAGCCGCGGUCCCAAGCCCAGGGUCCCGGCUUCGCCAUGGCCAAAUUCGUGCUCGCGGGUAGAGCAGAUUGCCCAUAUUAUGCGAAAGCAGAACUUCUGGCAGAUUAUUUACAAAAGAAUCUUCCUGAUUUCCAGAUACAUAAAAUUACACAACAUCCUGAUGUUUGGGAGGAGUGGCUGAAAGAUUUGUGCAAAAAGAAUAGGUGGAGUCACAACAAGUCCCCUAUCAUCUGGAGAGAGCUGUUGGAUCGUGGAGGAAAGGGUUUGCUUUUGGGAGGAUAUAACGAGUUCCUAGAACAUGCCCAGCUUUACUAUGGUGUCACCUCUAGCAUGACAACUGAGCUGAUGAAGAGAGUUGCUCAAGAAAACCUGGAGACACAUAUAGAAAAAGAGCUGGAGAAGGAAUCCCUGAAAGGUCUUGUUAACCCCUUGCAGGUCUGGAUCACCAGUGCAUCAUCUCUUGCCUGCUACCAUCUAAUUCCCAUCUUGACAAGUGGUGAAGUGUUUGGACCACAAAUGGAAAUCAACAUAAACCUAUUUGACAAUAAGCACACAGAAGAAAAACUCAUAAGCCACAAACAAGAGGCUGAGGACCUGGCGUCACCCUGCCUCCAGAGUGUGUCCAUCUGCACCCAAGCGGAAGAGGCCUUCUACGGGGCCCACGUGAUCAUCAUCCUGGAUGACCAUGUGGACAAGGAGAUAUACAGUCUGGAAGACUGCAUUCGCAGAAAAGCUCCUCUGUGUCAGCUCUACGGAUCCUUGAUUGAGAAAAAUGCUCACAAUUUUGCCAAAAUUAUUGUGGGAGGGAAAACCUUUGUGAAUCUCAAAACAGCUUUGCUUAUGAAAUAUGCCCCAACCUUUGCCCGCAAUAUUAUCGCAGUGGCCUUGGGUGUGGAAGGCCAAGCGAAGGCAGCACUGGCCAGGAAACUGAAAAUUACUCCCUCAUGCAUCAAAGAUGUGAUCAUUUGGGGUAAUAUUAGUGGAAAUAACUACGUUGAUCUGAGAAAAGCCAAGGUUUACAGAUAUGAGAGCGCUAUUUGGGGACCUCCGCACUAUUCACGCCCUGUUUUAAGCCUGCUUUUUGAUAGGGAGUGGGUAAACAGAGAGUUUGUGGUAAGUCUUAAAACGCUGACUGCCACAGGAAGACAAUUUGGAGGCAUGUUAGCUGCGCACAGUAUAGCCACUACGCUGAAAUACUGGUGCCAUGGCUCACCCCCUGGGGAGAUUGUGUCUCUAGGGGUACUGAGUGAAGGCCAGUUUGGUAUUCCUAAAGGGAUUGUCUUUUCUAUGCCUGUGAAAUUUGAGAAUGGAACUUGGGUGGUUCUUACAGAUCUCAAAAAUACAGAAAUAAGUCAACAAGUAGUGACCAGAAUGGCAAAUGAUCUAAUUCAGGAGCAACUUGUUGCACUUGGAGAGUUGGCAAAUUUUCAGCCAUAUCAAUCAGAUCUCUCUCGGGAAGAACACCAGUCAUUGACUUGGUUGUUGUUCAGUCCGUCAGUCGUGUCAGACUCUGAGAUCCCAUGAAUUGCAGCAUGCCAGGCUUCCCUGUCCUUCACCAUCUCCAGGAGUUUGUGCAAAUUCAUGUCAAUUGAGUCAGUGAUGCCAUCCCACCAUCUCAUCCUCUGUCACUCCCUUCUCCUCCUGCCUUCCUCCCAGCAUUGCCUUGGGAGCCCACCUUAAUCCAAUUUGACCCCAUCUUAACUUGAUUAUAUCUGCUAAAACUGUAUUUCCAAGGAAGGUCACAUUUACUGAUACCAGGGAUCAGGAAUUCAACAUAUCUUUUUGUAUAUUUGUGAAACUCACAAUAUUUAACAAUUACCUUUAGGUAACUUUAAAAAAUAACUUGCAAUAAGCUAAGUCUUCUUAUUGAUAUUUUCUCUAAUUGUGAACUCACAAGGAAGUGUUCUCAUCUUUCUUUCCUUACAGAAAACCUCAUCUGAAAUAUGCAAAUACAAAAAUAAAUAAAUAAAUUCACUCAAAGAAAGAGCUUUCAUCAAGUGUCUUUUGAGAGCUCAACAUCCCUUCCUUCUACCAUUGUUGAUGGAGUGUUGACCAUCAGCCAGUGCUAGGAGUUAGAAAUGUGGGGGUGGAUAAGAUAGACCCAUUCUUGCCUUUUGAAACCUACAGUUCAUCAGGGAUCAUAAAUUAUACCAAGGGCUAUAGCUGUAGUGAAUCUCAGAAUGAGAAGUACAGUGUGCUGUGAAGGCAUUUGCCUGGGGAUGUGAUCAAAGAAGCUGACACAGGAAAGCAUACAUCAACGUGUUGGAAAAACUGCAAAAAAUACCUUGUGUGGCCAAAGCCUAACGAGACGAAGCUGAGAGAGCGAGUGGAGAAGGGUAGAUGAGAGUUGCAGAGGCUUCAGGACAAAGAAUGACCCAAUCAGGUUGUGAUCAGUUUGGAAAACAGAUUGGAACCAAGGCGAGACUGUUUGCAGAAGACUGGUAUCAGGAGGGUAGCAGAGUGACACAAGGAAGAGACGAUUACAGCUAAGGCUGAAGGCUGUAGAAUUUUGAAAGACAUUUAGGAGGUAGAAUUAUCAAGACUUGACUAUGGAUUGGCUCUGGGGAAUCUCAGAAGACUCUGACUUCUUUUGGUUAAGUAACUGGGUGGGUUUAUCAAUAUGUGGGAAAAAAUGGGAGAGGAACAUUAUUUGAGAAAGAGAGAGUGUGUGUGUGCCUGUGUGUAUUUGUGUGUGUGUGUGUGUGUGUGUGUGUUAGGUGGGAGAGGAUGUGUGGUGCCAGGGUACAGGAGGAAUAAGUUUAGUUGCUUACAUUUUGUUUUUUAUUUUAAUUUUUGUAUUAGUUGCUUACAUUUUGAUUCUGAAAUACCUGUGGGGGUAUCUCAAGUAGAUACAACAGAUAAGAGAACCACAUACUCUCUGGAGCUCAUCAGGAUCUGCUGCUACUGCUAAGUCGCUUCAGUCAUGUCCAACUCUGUGUGACCCCAUAGACGGCAGCCCACCAGGCUCC